AUGGCUACAAAUCAGUAACUUAAUUUAAACUUAAAAAUUAAUGAAGAAUUUCUCAUAAAAGUGAAAUAGAUCUAAAUCUUGGAAAUUUUAUUCGAAAUCUUCAAAUCUAUUGAUUUAAUGAAAUUUAAAAUGUAAUUGAAGAUCAGGAACCUCUGGAUGAACCUUAGACAAAGUAAUUUAUUAUAUUUUUUUAGAAUUGUUCCAUUUCACUUUUGAAUUAGGAGUUUCCUAAAUUUUUUAUUGUUAAUUAUAUUUUUGA